CAACUCCGGACCAUGUGUUGCUAAUCUAGCUCAGUCAGUGACGCUCGCUGCAUUCCCCAUGCUCCAUCAUCGCCGUUAUACCGAUUUGUAAGCCCUUCCUGGGACUCACCUUAGCAUCUUGUCGCAACGGUCGCAACAGGACAUGUUGCCCGUGGCCUCAGGGGUAUAACUUGUGUUCCCACCUGGAACUUCUGCUUCAUCUCGUUUCCUCCCUGCGCCAUCCACCAUGAACCUCUCCGUCCUUCGUUUCCACGCCCUCGUGGCGGCGGCCCUGUUCGCAACCGUCGCUGUUGCCGAGCAUACCAGCAACUGGGCUGUCCUUGUAUGCACCUCGCGCUUCUGGUUCAACUAUCGCCAUCUCGCCAAUGUCCUUUCCAUGUACCGCACCGUCAAGCGACUCGGCAUCCCCGACUCCCAGAUCAUCCUCAUGCUCCCCGACGACAUGGCUUGCAACCCGCGCAACGCUUUCCCCGGCACCGUCUACAGCAACUCCGAUCGCGCCGUCGACCUGUACGGCGACAACAUCGAGGUCGAUUAUCGUGGCUACGAGGUCACUGUUGAGAACUUCAUUCGCCUGUUGACCGACCGCGUUGGCGCCGAGAUGCCCAGGAGUAAGCGACUCCUUACCGACGACCGGAGUAAUAUAUUGGUAUACAUGACUGGCCAUGGCGGAAACGAAUUCCUCAAGUUUCAGGAUGCUGAGGAGAUUGGUGCAUUUGAUCUUGCGGAUGCUUUUGAGCAGAUGUGGGAGAAGAAGAGAUACCAUGAGAUCUUAUUCAUGAUCGACACCUGUCAGGCAAACACCAUGUACAGCAGGCUAUACUCUCCCAACAUCAUUGCCACAGGUUCCUCCGAGCUCGACCAGUCGUCCUACUCACACCACGCGGACAAUGACGUCGGCGUUGCUGUCAUCGAUCGUUACACGUACUACAAUUUGGAAUAUCUCGAGACCCAGGUCAAGGACCUGAGCAGCGCCAAGACCGUCGGCGACUUGUUUGAUAGCUACGACUACGAGAAGAUCCACUCCAACCCAGGUGUUCGCUAUGACCUCUUCCCCGGCGGUUCCGACGCCGCUCGUAGUCGCCUGAUUACCGACUUCUUCGGCAACGUCCAGAAUGUGGAGGUUGACCGCACCAAGAACUUGACUCUCGAAGAGGACAUGCUUGAGCUCAGCAAGAAGAUUGCCGUGCUACGAAAGAGGGAGGCUGAAGAGGAUGCAUCUCAAAAAGAGCACGCCAGCGCUCCCGCUAGCAUACCGACUGAAGCACCAAAGAAGGCCCAGAAGACCAAGGCGCUCACGGAUGAAAACUGGUGGACCAAGAAGGUGGUUGGCGCGACUGCUCUGGCCGGAUGCGCCCUUCUCUGGGGCCUGGGAUCAUUGCUGGAGGCAUAGAUAUUCGAACAUGUCAAGUCACAUUUAUUCUGGAACCAAGAACGCGCCCUUUCGGACAAUGAGAGUCU